GCCGCUCAAUGGGUAUUCAGUGAAGAUACAAACUAGCAAGCGAGCUAAACAAGUUUCCCAAGUAGUAAAAACUAAACUAAAACAUUGUGCAAAAUGCGUUUGGGACAGACUGUACCUAAUUUCCACGCCGACACCACCAAGGGGCCGAUCAACUUCCAUGAGUGGCAGGGAGACUCAUGGGUGGUGCUGUUCUCGCAUCCGGCCGAUUUCACGCCCGUGUGCACCACUGAGCUGGGACGCAUCGCGGUGCAUCAGCCGGAGUUCGCCAAGCGGAACACCAAGUGCCUGGCGCAUUCCGUGGACGCUCUGAACUCGCACGUCGACUGGGUGAACGACAUCAAGAGCUACUGCCUGGACAUUCCCGGUGACUUUCCGUACCCAAUCGUGGCCGAUCCCACCCGAGACCUGGCCGUAAGCCUGGGCAUGCUGGACGAGGAGCAGAAGAAAGACCCCGAGGUGGCCAAGACCAUUCGGGCGCUGUUCAUCAUUAGCCCCGAUCACAAAGUGCGUCUCUCCAUGUUCUAUCCAAUGUCCACUGGCCGCAACGUUGAUGAAAUUCUGAGGACCAUCGACUCGCUGCAGCUGACCGAUCGCCUCAAGGUGGUGGCCACUCCAGCCAACUGGACUCCUGGCACCAAGGUCAUGAUCCUGCCCACCGUCACAGACGAGGAGGCCAACAAGCUGUUCCCCAAGGGCUUCGACAAGGUCUCCAUGCCCUCCGGCGUUAACUACGUACGCACCACAGAGAAUUAUUAGAGAAUUAUUCAUAUUCCUCUUGCAUAUUUUUGUAUUACACACAUUUUCAUGCACCACUAUUGUGCCAUAAAACAAUCUAAUAAAUAUAAUUUUGUACCAAA